AUGGUCCCCUUUGCUGGCUUUGAUAUGCCAUUGCAAUAUGCCGACCUGUCGCACACGGAGAGUCAUCACUGGACAAGGGAGAAGGCGAGCUUGUUUGAUGUUAGCCAUAUGGUUCAGCAUCGUCUGACGGGCCCCGGAGCUCUUCCUCUUCUGAUGAAAGUCACUCCUUCGUCUCUCGAUAAGCUAGGCAAUAAUCAAUCGACGUUGUCAUGUCUACUCGAAGACGGCACGGGUGGAAUUGUCGACGACACCGUCAUCACCAGACAAGGGCCUGAAGCCUUCUACUUCGUGACCAACGCCGGUCGACGGGAGGAGGAUCUGGUUUUUCUCACAGCUGAGAUUGACGCGUACCGCAGCGAGCAUGGCGCAGAUAGCAUCAAGUGGGAAAUCCUGAGUGACCGCGCUCUGAUCGCCCUGCAGGGACCAUUAGCUGCCUCCGUAUUGCAAUCCUUCAUCUACACAGAGGGAGACACUUCAUCACCAUCAACUGAUCUCAGCACAUUGUAUUUCGGUCAAUCUCGAGAACUCUACCUCCGACUUCCCGACGGCUCUAAAACCGCCCACCCACUCCUCAUUUCCCGUACGGGCUAUACAGGCGAAGACGGAUUCGAGAUCUCCAUUCCCACCGCAGACGCGCCCAGCCUCCCAGACCAAGUCACCGAACUCCUCAUCUCCCAACCAGACAAGGUACGACUCGCAGGCCUCGCAGCACGAGACUCCCUGCGCCUCGAAGCCGGCAUGUGUCUAUACGGACACGAUAUCACGACGGCGCAAACCCCGCCGUCGGCCGCACUGGGCUGGAUCGUAGGCAAAGAGCGCCGCGACGAGGCAUCACCAGCCUCGAAAUUCAACGGCUCAUCCAUCAUCCUCCCGCAACUCGCCAAGCCUUCCAAAACCAUCUCCCAGCGCCGUGUCGGUCUUACCAUCGAAAAGGGCGCGCCUGCUCGUGAAGGCGCUAUCAUCGUUGAUCCCAGCAGCACCGCCAGCGAUGCCGGCAUCAGCGACGCAAGCACACUAGCCCAGAUUGGCGUGGUUACUUCGGGGUUGCCUAGCCCGUCUCUCAGCGGCACAAACAUCGCAAUGGCAUAUAUCAAAAAUGGCUUCCAUAAGAAGGGUACCGAAGUCCAGGUCCUAGUGCGCAACAAAUUGCGCAAGGCGACGGUGACGCCUAUGCCGUGGAUUGAGAGUAAAUUUCAUCGACCUAGUUGA